GAGGGUGGCGAUCUGCUCAAGUCGGGCUUCAGUUUUCCAGGGACGCCAGAGGAGGAGCUAGACCAGCAGUACUCAUGGUCGCCUUCUCAGCACUUCAAUGAAGAAAGAUACUCUCCUGCUUCGAGGAAUAUGAAAGGAUUAUCUGGUAGUCGCAACCAACCACAGUUAUGUUCAGCUCAUACUUGUGGCUUAGCAUCCCCUGAAGAUUGCGAACACACCCACGACCAUAUCCACCAUGGGCAGGAGCCAAGGCAAUCGUAUCUUCUCAGCCCCACGGAGAGUUGCCCGAUGGACCACCAUCGUUGCUCGCCACGCAGCUCCAUUCAUUCUGAAUGCAUGAUGAUGCCCAUGGUAAUGGGCGAUCACAUGUCAAGUAGCACUUUCCCCAGAAUGCACUACAGCUCACAUUACGACUCAAGAGACGACUGCGCCAUGUCUCACGGGAACCCUAAGAUUAACCGUAUUCCCGCAAACCUUUUGGACCAGUUUGAGAAACAGCUUCCUCUUCACCGGGAUGGGUUUCACACUUUACAGUACCAGAGGACCUCAACAGCUGCGGAACAGCGCAGUGAGAGCCCAGGAAGAAUACGCCAUCUCGUUCAUUCAGUCCAGAAACUUUUUACUAAAUCUCAUUCUCUGGAAGGAUCAUCCAAGGGCAACGUUAAUGGAACAAAGGGAGACGGUCGAGGGGACGACCAUCAUCACGGGCACCAUUCCAAGCAUAGCAAAAGGAGUAAAAGUAAAGAGCGCAAACCAGAAAGCAAACAUAAAUCUGGAAUGAGCAGCUGGUGGAGCUCCGAUGAUAAUUUGGACAGUGAUAGCACUUACCGAACCCCUAGUGUGGUAAAUAGGCACCAUGCAGAUCAUAUAUCCCAUUGCUAUCCUGAGGCACUCCAGGGGCAUUUUGGGGAUCUUUCAUUGAAGACUUCCAAAAGUAACAAUGACGUGAAGUGUUCAGCUUGUGAAGGGCUAGCAAUGACCCCUGAUAGUAAAUAUAUGAAAAGGAGUUCUUGGUCCACGCUUACAGUAAGUCAGGCUAAAGAAGCUUAUCGCAAGUCGUCACUGAACUUAGAUAAGCCUCUGGUUCAUCAGGAAAUCAAACCUUCCUUGAGGUCGUGCCAUUACCUUCAGGUACCUCAGGAUGAAUGGGGAGGAUACCCAGCUGGUGGGAAAGAAGAAGAGAUCCCCUGCAGAAGAAUGAGAAGUGGAAGCUAUAUUAAGGCCAUGGGAGAUGAAGAAAGUGGAGACUCUGAUACUAGCCCCAAGACAUCACCAAAAUUAACUGUUCGACCAGAGUCAUUAUUAAAAUCCAUUGGACAAAGACCACUGGCAGACCAUCAAAAUCAGAGCUACCUUCAAACUGCAAGUGACGUGCCUGGGGGUCACAACCUGGAUCCCUCUGCAAACUACAAUUCCCCAAAGUUUCGCUCAAGGAAUCAGAGCUAUAUGAGAGCAGUGAGCACGCUCAGUCAGGCCAGCUGUGUUAGUCAGAUGAGUGAAGCAGAGGUUAAUGGGCAAUUUGAAUCGGUGUGUGAAUCAGUGUUUAGUGAAGUUGAAGCUCAGGCAAUGGAUGCCCUUGACCUCCCUGGAUGUUUCCGAACAAGAAGCCACAGUUACUUGCGUGCCAUUCAGGCAGGCUAUUCCCAAGAUGAUGAAUGUAUACCUGCGAUGGCAUCUUCCAACAUCACCUCAACUAUUAGGUCAACCACAG